GUUUCGUAGACAAGGAAGAUCGGACAUAAACAUAAACAUUUCAAAUAGUUUUUCUGUGCAAGUACAGUAUAUCGAUUGCGUUGAAAAUAUUAAAUCGCUUUAAUUUCUUCUUAAAAGCAAGUUACUGUGCAUGUUUUACGUUUCUUAGCGGGGCGCUUUUGCUGCAUUAGCGUGUAGCAUAUCGAGAGAGAAAUGGACACGAGAGCCUUGAAGAAUCCCUAUCCUGACUAUACCCCAGAGCACACGCAGUCGCUUUUUGACUCCCAUGGCAAGUUGACGUCUACGUUUGCUAAGCGCUUAAGCAGCAAGAUCGACGAGCUUUUGGCUGUCAUGGAGAACGGGCUGAAGGCUGCCGACCCGAAAGAUUGCACCACUUACACAGGAUGGGCAGGCAUUGCAUUGCUCUACCUGCACAUCCACCGUAUCUUCAAGCAACCAGCGUUCCUCCAGAAGGCGCUGGAACACAUCAGCCGCAGUCUGAAGUACCUGACUCGCCGCCAUGAUGUCACUUUCCUUUGUGGUGACGCGGGGCCGCUAGCUGUGGCGGCUGUCGUCUACCACCGGCUGCAAAUGCCAGGAGAGGCCGACGAAUGCAUCAGCAGGCUGCUGCGGUAUCACGAGACGGUUAUGAAAGGUUCCGGCGGGUUGCCUGACGAGCUCCUCUACGGUCGGGUGGGUUACCUCUAUUCUCUCGUCUUUGUCAACCAGCAGCUCGGUGCAGACAGAAUUCCCUCGCAGCACAUCCGGCAGAUCAGUGAGGCCAUCCUGGCAUCGGGCGAGCGCCUCAGUAAGAAGUGUCGUGUCCAGGAUCAAAGCCCCCUGAUGUACGAGUGGUACAAUGAACAAUAUGUCGGCGCCGCCCACGGAUUGGCCGGCAUCUAUUACUUCCUCAUGCAGGUGACCGAACCGUCGACUUACCCAGAGAGCCCCAGUUUGACGCUUACCUUCUCUCACCCGGGGCAGGCUGGGUUUGUCGCGGCUGAGGAGAACGUUGGCAGGAUGGUCAAACCCAGCGUGGACUAUGUCCGCCAUCUCAAGUUCCCCUCUGGGAACUACCCUCCCUGUAUCGGAGAUGAUCGUGACCUGCUGGUGCACUGGUGUCACGGAUCCCCGGGCGUCAUCUACAUGCUCCUGCAGGCGCAUAAGGUGUUUGGUGAGUCUCCGUACUUGGAGGAUGCCCUGCAGUGUGGCGAGGUUGCGUGGCGCUGGGGAUUGCUGAAGAAAGGCUACGGCUUGUGUCACGGCGCGGCGGGCAAUGCGUACACCUUCCUGGCUCUGUACCGUCACACGCAGGACCCCAAGCACCUUUACCGAGCCUGCAUGUUUGCAGAUUGGUGUAUGAACUACGGCUCGCAUGGCUGCAGGACACCAGAUACCCCCUUCUCACUUUUUGAAGGCAUGGCAGGUACCAUCUAUUUUUUGGCCGACCUCCUGCAACCAACGCAAGCACGGUUCCCAGCCUUCGAGGUUUGAUUGAUUUGCCUCCCCCCCCUCAACCUCAAGCCAACAGGUAGAUGUCCAACAAGACCGGAUGUGUCAUUGCAGCUUACUUUCCUUCCAUUGAAAAAUUCACAUCACCUCAUCAUAGUCCAAACAAAAAUUAAAUAUUAUUUUGGGGGCUAACAGUAUGGGUGGACUAACCAUUUAGUAUUAGUGUCAUGAAUGGAUCCUUUGCACUGUCUGAGUAAUAAAUAAGUGAUUUCUCACA